AUGUUCAAGAAGAAUAUUUCCAACGUUAAAGUGGCCCAUUUCCACACCGCCUCCAAGAUCAACGGGAGAAUCAGAUCAAAUAUCCAAAUUAGAGCCCCAAUUGAACCAACUGUGAAAAACAUUAAAGUCAACGAAGACCAUCCAUUAUGGCAAUUUUUCCACGAAAAGAAGUUCAUCAGAGGCGAAGAAGACAUGCAACCAUCCAGUUGGAGAAGUUGGACGGUGCCUGAAUUGAGAAGAAAAAGUUUCGAUGAUUUACACAGCUUGUGGUUCAACUGUCUCAAAGAAAGAAACAUUUUGGCCAGAGAAGCCCACUUGUUGGAAAGUAUGAAGGUGAAUGGUGGGGCAGGUACCACCGAACAGACUGAUGGACCUCAUGAUCAAUUAAGUGAAAAAGUCAGAACCACCAUGUGGAGAAUUAGACAUGUUUUGGGUGAAAGACAAAAAGCGUUUGAAAACACUCAGCAAGUGAUCCCGGAAUAUAAGCAACAAUUUUUGGAGAAUUUCAAGGAAAGAUACUUGGACGAAGCAAAUGGUGCCACCGAAGUGGAACAGCAGGAUUUGGAAGAUCAAUUGGCCAGAUUGAACUGGGCGUUGUUUGGAAUCGAUGUGAAUAACUUGCAAGAUAUCACGAUAAACAAGGAAUUUGUCGAGUGUGUCAUUUACAAUGGUAAUUUGAAAUUACAGAAGUUCGGCAGUAAAGAACAACUCGACAGUGUCGGAGUGAUAACUAAUGCUUACGAUGCUUUCCCAUUGUUCACCUUGUCCCAGGAAAAUAGUGAUAAACUUGGAGAUUUAUUGGCAUCCAUCGAAAAGAAUAGAUCUAGCGAGAAGUACGCGGAAAUAAUGAAGAUGGUUCCUGUCAAACAAUUAGAACAGGCGAUUUUGGGUUUCGAAGAAGUUUUAUAA